AUGACGCCGACGCCGACGCCGACGUCAGCCGGGCAGGAGACGCCGCGCUUCUGGUGCCACCAGUGCGCCGCCGCCGUGGACACGCGCGUGGACGAGCCCAGCGAGGAGGUCUGCUGUGGGCAGUGCAGCGGCAACUUUGUGGAGGAGAUCGAGGAGGACGAUCCGCCGCAGGAUUUCCAGGUGGAGCAGGUGGAGGACACGCAGGCCCAGACGCAGCUCCCUGCGGCCUCUACGGAGAAUAACACGCGUGCUGAGAUCCGCAACGAGUUCGGAGGAACUCCCCCACUGCCGCGGCCUUCUGUUCGAGCGACGCGGUUUGCAGAUACAGAUGAAGGACUCGAUGGCCCGCCGCCGCUUCCUGACUUGUUUCAGUUUUUGUCGGGCGCUGGUGGACGCAGUACGCGUUUUAUGAGCAGCAAUGGGAACCCCGUGGAGUUUUUCGUCAGUGAGUCGGGAGAAGGUGGAGAUCCGUUGGGCCUUUUGGACGCCCUGGGAGGCAUGUUCCCUAUGCUGGCAAGCAAUCCAGGCGACUACGCAUUUGGCAAUAUGGCUAAUGUGAUCAACCAGCUCAUGCAGAAUGACCCCAAUCGGCGUGAAGUUGUAGCUGACGAUUUAAAGCAUGGAGCACCACCGGCAGCUAAGGAAGUUGUGGAGAAGUUGCCGAAGGUGAAGAUCACUCAGAGCGAUGUUGACGGCAGCGCUGAGUGCCCCGUGUGCAAGGACUUCUUUGCCGUGGAUGAUGAGGUCCACCGUCUGCCCUGCGAGCACUCGUUUCACCCGGACUGCAUUCUGCCAUGGCUGAAGGAUCACAACUCGUGCCCGCUUUGUCGUUUCGAGCUGCCCACAGAUGACCCGGACUAUGAAAGACGACGCGCAGCAUCUGCGACGACAUGA